AUGAAGAACGUAAAGGAUUUCAAGAUUGCUGAAAGGAUAGAAAGAGAAGGGAAAGGUUGCCUGAUUGUUGUAAACAAGUGGGACACCAUACCAAAUAAAAACCAGGAAACUGCGACGUACUAUGAGCAAGAUGUCAGGGAGAAGCUUCGCAUUCUGAAUUGGGCUCCAAUUGUAUAUUCCACAGCAAUAGCAGGGCAUAAUGUUGAAAAAAUCAUUGUUGCUGCUAGUGUGGUUGAAAAAGAGAGAUCAAGAAGGCUCACUACAUCCAUAUUAAAUCAAGUAAUACAGGAGUCACUUGCUUUUAAGGCACCUCCAAGAACCAGAGGCGGGAAGAGAGGACGCGUUUAUUAUUGCACUCAGGCAGCUAUUAGGCCACCCACGUUUGUUUUCUUUGUAAAUGAUGCGAAACUUUUCCCUGAGACAUACCGGCGAUUUAUGGAAAAGCAACUGAGAUCAGAUGCAGGAUUCUCUGGCACGCCAAUUCGGCUUCUAUGGCGCAGCAGAAGGAAAAUGGAAAAAAAUGAUGGCGGGGUUAAUGCGAUGAAGGCACAAUUGAAUCUCACCCCAAGCGAUAGACAGGUGGCUGCAGCUACAUAA